GAGAAACCCCCUCGUCUCCUCCGCCUCUCCUUCCCCCCGGAAAGAGGAAGAGGGAUGACGAAUCUGUGACAUCGGCGAGCGAAUCAGCUCAGUAUAGGAUUGAAUGCCUCCCCCUCCUAAGUCCUAAUUACAGUAAGGAAAUCACUCCCCUUCCUUUCCGCUUCCUCCACCCAGGCUGACUUGGAGUUCAUCCAACAUGGGUGCCAAGACGGACAGGGCCAAGAAGGCCUUGGAUGCUAUGAAGCCGCUCGGCUUCUCCAGGAAGCAGGCUGCCCCCGUGCUCAAGAAACUCCUCAAAAUCUACAACAACAACUGGGAGCUCAUUGAGGAUGAGUGCUACCGGGCCCUUGCGGAUGCCAUCCUCGAUGAGCAAGACGACAAACAAACCCCUGAUACCUCACAGGGAAUGCAAGCAGCCUAUGAGGACUCGGAGCCUCAUGGCACAACAAGGGAUGAUCGGCACAGCUAUGCUUCUGCAGGCGAAGAUGAUAAUGAAACCCCCCUGGUCAAGAGGCCCAGGAUGGGAGUGGCUGACUUUGGACAAGAACUGCAACCUGGACCACAGCGAUCCACUGUUUCCACCCAGGGUGCUCUGCCUACUUCACCACAAACUAGCCGUAGGCAGACUAGGUCUUUGACUCUAGUGCAGCAAGCUGCCGACCAUGGAGAUCCUGCAGCUAUCAACGAUGCUCCCAUAUUGAAAGAACCCAAGCCUGAGCCACAAAUUGAUGCAGAUGGGGUAGGAUAUACAGUUCAAAAUACUCAUGAGCCCCAACAGGUGGUCCCAAUGUGCAACAAUGGGGUUGGGUCUUCAGUUCAAAAUACUCGGGAGGCAUCUUUUGUGGAGGUUGAUGUGGCUUCUUCCACCAAUGGUGAGGUGAAGAUGUCUAUGAAAUGCAACUUGGAUCCUUCAAAAUUCAGCAUUAGUAUGGAGGAGGUUUUCAAAAUGGUGGAGGAGAAGUGCCUUCACUCAUACAAGGUGUUACCUCCAGAUUUUUCUAUUGGCAAGCUGAUGAGUGAGGUAUGCCAAUCUGUUGCAGAAUUGGGUACUAUGCAUUCUGAUGUUCACAGCGACGAUGGCAGCUUGCAUAAAGAGGCUGUUGCUCCUUUUGUGAAGCCAAUUGCUUGCAAGGCUUCUGUGAGUAAAAAUGGUAAUGGUGCUGCAGGAUCAUCAGUGCUUGAAUCCUCAGAACCUUGUUUGCAGAAUUCAAUCGUUGCUUGGGAUCCUGAGUUAGCACAGCGUAGGACAACCCAUGAUGUUACUGAUAUAUCCAAAGGGGAAGAGCGGUUAAGAAUAUCUGUAGUAAAUGAAUUUGGCAGUGAGACCUGUCCUCCAUCCUUCUAUUACAUACCAAGGAAUCUUGUCUUUCAAAGUGCUUACGUCAACAUCUCCAUUGCUCGGAUUGGUGAUGAAGACUGCUGUGCUGAUUGUUCUGGCAACUGUUUGUCAGCGCCGCUUCCAUGUGCUUGUGCAAGAGCAACUGGGGGCGAUUUCGUGUAUACACCUGAGGGCCUGGUUAAGACAGUAUUCCUUGAUGAAUGCACCUCCGUUAAUCAUUUCCCAGAAAAUCAUCAUAGGUUCUAUUGUAAAGCUUGCCCUCUUAAAAGAUCUAUGAAUGCAGCCUCACUGGGUCCCUGUAAAGGUCAUCUUGUCAGAAAAUUCAUUAAAGAAUGCUGGAGUAAAUGUGGGUGUGGCAUGCAGUGCGGGAACCGUGUGAUUCAGCGUGGUAUAACAAGCAGAUUGCAGGUAUUUUUUACACAAGGGGGGAAGGGCUGGGGACUACGCACCCUUGAGGAUCUCCCAAAAGGUGCAUUUGUCUGUGAAUAUGCUGGGGAGGUACUAACAAGCACUGAAUUGUAUGAAAGAGCAAUUGAAAAUGCAAGAAAUGGUAAACAUAUGCAUCAAGUGCUACUGGAUGCUGAUUGGGGUUCAGAAGGCGUACUGAGGGAUGAAGAGGCUCUUGCCCUCGAUGGGACAUUUUAUGGGAAUGUCGGGCGAUUCAUCAACCACAGAUGCUAUGAUGCAAAUCUAGUUCAGAUCCCAGUUGAAGUUGAGACACCAGAUCAUCAUUAUUAUCAUCUGGCAUUUUUCACAACCAAGAAAGUGGAGGCAUUUGAGGAGUUAACAUGGGAUUAUGGCAUUGAUUUUGAUGAUGUGGAUGGUCCCAGUAGAGCAUUCCGAUGCAUGUGCGGAAGCAGAUGCUGCCGUGAUCCAAGGAGUUCAAGUACAGGGAGGAUGGGUAGAGCAGCUGGGCGAAUCUAGUGGGGAAGCCUGGACUAGCGACAUUUGCUUGGUGGGGGCUCGAAGAUGUGAAGCCUGGACUGUAGAAUGUAGAUAGAAGGGGAUGAAUGUGGAUAAUUUUGGAUGCAAAUGCCUCAGCCUGAGGCUGAGGGGACCAGCAACCUGUUUAGGUUUAUUAUUGGCAUGUAGCAACUUAUGCUGCCCGUAUGCAUGUUACCGGCCAUCAUGCCGUGUUGCAAACGAGCCUGUUGUUUUGCUCAA